CAUACAUACAAAUAUUUUAUUGCUGGUUUUGGUGGUAAAUUUGCAUUUGUUAAUGGCCGCGGCCAGACGUGCCCGCUUCUUAACACACAAAAUAUACACGUCUCUCUCAAUGAAAAGCGAUCAUCAAGUGUUUUUCUAUUGACUCUAUCCCACAUGUAAAAACAAAAAAAAAUAUUUAUAUAUAUAUAUAAAUUGAAACUAAACCGAAAUGUAUACUAAGUACGAUAUAUACUUUAUCACAUAAGACUGCCAUAAUUGCCGCGCGUGUAUUUGUAUCUGUAUCUGUAUCUCACUGACCAACUGUAACUGCAACAACUGCAAGCGCAAUCUGCACACACCUCAACCUCAAGCUCAUGUUAAAACCAAAAAAACAAACUAUAUAUAAAGAGAGCUAUCGCUCGCUCGCCUCCAUAUGCCAACUUAUAUAUCUAUACAUAUAUGAAGUGUUAUUCCUCGUACUGCCAUCCAAAAAUAAUCUUACCAACAACAACCACAACAACAACAAAAACUACUACUACAACUCCAACAACCAUCAACAACAUUCAACUGCAACUUGGCAACAGUUCUCGGCUUUAGUUUCUAAAUGAACAAAGCAAAAAAGUUGCAAUAACCCCCGAAUAAACUGUCAAAAACACAACAACAACAACAAGUAAGUCUCAAGCAGCAGCAUCAGCAGGCAGCAGCAACAACAAUGCUGAACUCCAAUGCGAAUCAUUCGGGCAACAGCCGUCGGCCAUUUUCGCGUAAUUCCUCCUCGGCUCGUUCGCAUCGCGGACGCAUUCUCUUCUCGCCGCAUCUCCACGGACAGCAGCAACAACAGCAGCAGCAACAACAGCAGCAGCAGCAACAACAGCAGCAGCAAAGGAAUAAUAACAACAAUGGCCUUGUGCCGGGUCAUAGUCCCUGGUGCAAUGUCAAUCUGAAUCGCCACAAUAAUGACAACAGCAUCAACAACGGUGGCAGCAACAACAGCGGAAACAACAACAACAAUGCCAAUAAAGAUGCAAUCGAUGGCAGAAACUCAAAUUGCGAUGUACAAACAAGUAAUUCUAGCGGAACUUGUAUUUAUAACAAUAGCAAAACGCAUCAUCACAACAACAGCCUUAACCUCAAUCACAAUACAAAUUCACUCAGUCAUCAGUCACAAGCCCAUAACCACCACACACAGUAUAACAGUAACAGUAAUAACAGUAACAAUAACAGUAUCAGUAACAGUAACGUUAACAAUAACAGCUAUCAUCAUACAAUUACCAACACUGCACACAACAACAACAACGAUUGCACUGUUAACACUAGCAAUAAUCUGAGUAGUAGUAUUCGUACCAUAAACAACGAAAACCACAAUCCCAAUCCGACAUCACCCAAUAAUAAUCCCAAUCCGAGUCCAAUUGUGAAUCACAGCUAUUAUCACAGCUACUAUGAUACAACGAUGUGCCACAGUGUGCAGCCGCCGCACGCUUUUGGUUCAAUGUCCGUGUCCGUUGUCAGACUGAAUCCAGCACGCUUAUGUUUAACUGUUGCCGCCCCACCAACACCAACACCCACCACGACCACGACCACACCAGCACCGCCAUAUAAUCAGCAGCGCCGUCCCACGCCCCUACUGCUCUCCUUUCCAGCUAAUCAGAAUUUCAUCAACAUCAGUAACAACAAUAACCAAUCGCAUAAUUUCAAUCAAAAUCACAAUCAUCAAUAUCACAGCACCCAUCAUCACAACAACCACCACCCACAACAACAAUUACAAUCACAAUCACAACAACAACAACAACCGACUAAUCGCCAAUCCCUCCCGCUAACACGUACGAAUUCAAAUUCAACAACCGCAACAACUUUCAACAACAAUACAACAACAAAUAGUAACUCUACUGAUGUUGUGAAUGUCAAUUCUUGUACCGAUAUAAUUCCUCAUGGGUCGUCUGCGCCACAACAACAACCACAACAAAUGUGUUCACAACGACAACAACCACAACAACAUCGACGAUCUCAAACCCAACAACUACAACAACAACAAUUGUCGCCGUCGCUUCUUAUGAUAAAUUUCAACCAAUUGACUGAUACUCAUAUUAACCACGCAUCCAAUAAUGCACCCAUCAAUAGCCACAGCCAAGGACCCACUGGACCACAGGUGGGACACCACAACCAGCGCAAUUACAACAAUAAUAACAACAACAACAAUCGCAACUACAACAUUGCCAAUGGAAAUGGGUUGAGCAAUGUCAGCAAUAAUCCCGAUUAUAUGAAUUACCGUCGCGCAUGUCCCGCUUAUCAACAGCAACAUCACAUCAACAACGGCAACAACAACAAUAACAACAACAACAUCAACGUUAGCAACAACACUUUGGCAACCAGCAACUCGGAUCCUGGUCUGGAGAAUAGAUCCGAUGGCGGCUAUAGUUUUGGACGCAAUGGUGGCGGAUACGGACGUAAUGGUGCCCAUUAUCAGCACAUGGGCAAUGGUUAUGGCAACAAUAACAACAACAACAACAACAAUGGUGCAUCCACAUCCUCCGCUGGACCUGGUCUCAUGGGAGAUGCGCCCUCAGGCUCCGGCCUGUCGGGCUCAACGCUCUCGCUGAACAACGGUCUCGGACCCAAUGGCCUCAACUCCGAUAGUCCAUCGCGGAAGCGUCGUCGCAUCUCGGGACGACCCAGCCAAUCGCCGCCAGCUAUUUAUGAACUGCGCCGCUCACCGCGCGUCAUGAUGCAACAAGGCAGUCCACCGCUACGUCGACCGAGACUGCGCGAUGUGGCCACUUCCACUCAGCAGCAGCUGCAGCAGGCACCGCAUCCACAGCAAUAUGCAUCACAGCAGCAGCAGCAGCCUCAGCCCGGCUACCAUCCGAUGCAUCAUCAUCAGCCGCCGUCGCAUUAUGCGUCGCAGCAACAAACACAGCACCCGCAUACGCAUCGCUCGCCCUGGGAUCUGGCUGGCAAUGGCCCAAGUGUGGGCAAUGGCGGAGGGGGCGGGGGUAAUGCUGGCGGCCCGUCAAGCAGCAGCACGGUGGGCGCCAUGAUGCAACAGGUGCAACAGGCACCGCAGCAAGCGUCCUCACAUCAGCAGGCCGUAGUUGCAGCAGCAGCUGCCGCCGCCGCAGCUGCAGCAGCAGCAUCAGCACCGCCACCACCGCCCACCUCGCUUAUGGUUGACCUCAAUCUGGCGCUGCGUCACGAGCCCAUCUGGGCCUCCUUCUGCACGUAUCCUCUGCCGGCGCAGGCCCGCCUCGCACCCUGCCAUCUGCACGGUAUCUAUACGCAACCCUUCUCCGCGGCACCCGCCGGCCUGGCUGCCGCACCACUGCAGGUGGCACAGGUGCCCACGCCCACACAGGUGGCGGCCGCUGCGGCCGCUGCUCAGCACAUGAUUCAGCAGGCGACGAUUACGGCACAGCAGCAGCAGCGCGACGUCACCGCCAUAGCGGUGGCCAAUUUGACACUGGAGCCGCCCAGUGCACAUCAUUUGGAUGGCCAUCAGGCGGCCGCAGCAGCAGCGGCGGCAGCAGCAGCAGCUGCAGCCGCAUCUGUGCCCGUUGGCGCACAGGCGCCGCAUCCGCAUCCCCACUCACAUCCGCAUUCACAUCCGCAUACGCAUCCGCAUGCACAUCAGCUGCCGGCGGCGAGCCACAUCCAUAUCGCCUCGAUGAGCGCGGCCGCCGCCGCAGCAGCCGCCCAGCUACAUUCCAAUGCCGCCGUUGCGGCAGCAGCAGCCGCUGCCCAUGUGACCCAGAUGUCGGCGGCACCGCAGCAGAUAAUAAUAUCGUCGGAACGACGCACAUUCCCGCCACAUCGGCGCCUGCCGCGCUUCUGGCCGGCAAAUCAUGGUCCUCAUCGGCAUGUCCUGCCGCCGCAAUCGCUGGCCGCCCACCAGGCGCCUGUGCAAAUCCAAACCACCGCUGGCAUUAUCAAUCCGGGCUUCUUGCUCAAUUUCCUCGCCAUGUUCCCGCUCUCACCUUAUAACCAACACGAUCUGAGCUCGGCGGACACCAACGAGACGGAGAACUAUGAAGCCCUGCUCAGUCUGGCCGAGCGUUUGGGUGAGGCCAAGCCACGCGGUCUCACACGCAACGAGAUUGAUCAGCUGCCCAGCUACAAGUACAAUCCGGAAGCGCAUAACGGCGAUCAAUCCUCCUGUGUGGUCUGCAUGUGUGACUUUGAGCUCCGGCAGAUGCUGCGCGUCUUGCCCUGCUCCCAUGAAUUCCAUGCCAAGUGUGUGGACAAAUGGCUGCGCUCGAAUCGCACUUGCCCCAUUUGUCGUGGCAAUGCCUCGGACUAUUUUGACAGUGCCGAUCAUCAACAGCCGCAGGCGCAGGCAACUGGCGCUGUUGCGGCGUCGAGCAGUGCUGGCAACACUGCUGCGGCAGUCAGCAAUAAUCCAACAGUGGCAGUUGCAGCAACCGGCGCUAGUUCGCAGCAGAGUCAGGCUGCUUAGGGCAAACCUAGCAACAAAUACAACAGCAAAAUCAACACCAAUAACCAAACGCUUUCGCCACGUCGUCCAGGUGCAGCAAACAAUGGAGCACACACAACUAAGGAAAAGAAAACAACAACAAAAAAACACACACACACUCACAGUUAGCCUAUAAUGAAUAAUUGAAUUAACGCGCAACGAAUCCAACUGCCAAAUCGCUUCCCUUUAAGCCAGGUCACUUCAAUAGCUUGUCGUAGUACUAAAUUAGGCGGUAGUUGUAUGUAAGUAAUGGUAAUGGUUAACACAGUAAAUUCUAACAAUGUAAUUAUAAUCAAAUAAUCAUACCACCAAGAUUUCAUACAUACAUAA